AUGGGGUCUGAUGAUGAGAGACCGAGUGGAAGAGAGUUUUCAAAUCCUAGGGCUUUUGCAGUAUGCUCUCCCGUUUUGAAAAUCACAAUCUUGGUGGUUGAUGAUGAUUCCACUUCUCUGGCAAUCGUCUCCGCCAUGUUAAGAGGGUUUCGUUAUCAAGUUACAAGUGUUAAGAAUCCCUUGGCAGCGUUGUCUGUUCUUCGGGCAAAUCCAGACAAUAUUGACCUAGUGGUCACAGAUCUUCAUAUGCCAGAAAUGAAUGGGAUCGAGCUCCAAAAACAAAUCAAACGGGAAUUCAGAAAACUCCCCGUUAUCAUAAUGUCCUCCGAUGACAGUGAACGUGUGAUGCUGGAUAGCUUAGUGGGAGGAGCUGUGUUUUUCAUAGUAAAACCUGUGAGCCCCGAUGGUCUCAAGGAUGUAUGGCAGUAUGCCGUUGUUGGCAAGAAAGGUAAAUCCCUGGCUAUCGAGGAAAUCGAAGGAGACUCUUUGUCAUCGUCGGUCGGAAAACUAUGCAUCGGCAACAUGAGACGAUUGUCAUCUCCUGUGAAUAAUGAAAGGGAUGAUGGUCAAAGAGGUUCCAAAAGAAAGGAACCGGGGAAGGACAAGAAUGGAAAAGAUGAAGACAAUAACCCUAAACUCAAGCCAAAGAAGGCCAGGAAGGCUAAGGUGGUCUGGACAAACCCACUUCAUCACCAGUUCUUAGAUGCCUUGCGAGAUCUUGGCCUCGAAACAGAAGCUGUUCCCAAGAAGAUUCUUGAGCAUAUGAAUGUCCGAGGCUUAACCAGAGAAAAUGUGGCUAGUCAUUUACAGAAGUAUCGCCUCUUCUUAAAGCGAAUCGCAGAAAGGGGUUGUUUUCAAUCAAAGGCCAUGUUCGACAGGUUCCUCAAGUCUACUUUCGCAGCUGGCCAUCCACUGUUGAUGAAAACAGCUCAAGAAUACGCUCGACUGCAAGAACUGCAACGAUUGAGGGGCUUAACAUCCUAUCCUGGCUAUGGAGGGAAUUAUUCGCCUCAUAAUACUACUAGGUAUGGAACCUUCGGCUAUGGUAAUCAUGGUGCUUCAAGCAGCAACAGGGUUCAGCCAUAUGGCGGUGGACAAUCCCGUUUACUGUCCCACCAAGCUAACAAGCCACUGCUCUCUGGGAACCUGAUGAAUCCGACCUAUCUGGGUAAUCGACCGGGAUUAUCUGGUGGCCUGAUGAACUCUUCUAACUCGUUGCCAUCGUACCCGCAGCAGAUUCAACCAAGGUCUGGCUUUUACGAUGCUGGUUCCUCAUCCCAGUUCAGGUUUGGUUCACCUGGUCUUCGCUCUCCGAGUUCGACAUUCGGAACCAACGGGAUCUUCGGAAGCAUGAGCGGUUCCCAGUCCUGCUCUAGUCUGAAUCCCGAUUACGACGGCAAUAAUACUAGCUACGCUGGGAGUAGCUUGAAUGCUGAUGAACUUAACGGUGGCUAUGAUUCAAUGACUGGUGUUUUCAAUGAGAACAUGAAUGUUGCAUCCAUGGGGAAUCAAACUUUUGAUUAUCUGGCUCCAGGAGUGUUAUCUUCGCCGGUAUUACAUGAAACAAACCAAGUUCCACCAGGGUCUACUGCGUCGAAGCAACAAGCAAACACGAUGCUGCCGGGUCUCGACUAUCCAGGAGUGACCGAUUAUAAUUCUGACGAGCUGCUGAAUAAUGGUUUUGAUCUGCAACUUGACGAUGCUUACCUCAACGAACUCAGCGACCUCAUCCUUGGGUCCAAGAAGUAUCAAUCGUCUAAUCAGCAACAAGCUGGUUCUGGCAGCGGCGGUGGCGACGACAAUCCGGAGUUUUCUUUCGGCUCAUUGUACCCGGAAAUCUACCCCUCACUGGAUGAACUUCUGAACUCCGACAUUGACGAGUCCCUGGAAGAUAACGCUCCUUGGAAUGAACAAGGUGUUAGCCAGAUUCAAAGUGCUCUUGAAGAGUUGAUCAACACCGAUACUGCUGCUGCUGCUGGCGAUGCAAACCCUUCCAAUGAAUCUGGAAACACUAAUCAGCAACAAACCCAGGUAGAGGAACAACCGAUUGACCCUGACUUACUCAGCAGCUUAUUCCAAGUGAACGAUGAUGCCCUAACUGCUGAAGAUAACUCAUCAAAUGAUCAGGUUUCCCAAGAAGAUGAGUUCCUAGCUUCCUUGUUCAACUUCGGCAAUCUGUUCGAUUGA